AUGGCGAGCGCAGGGAACGGCGGCGGCGGCGGAGGCGGGCCGCUGAAGCGGUCCAUGGGCCCGCUACGUGUGCAGUACUACAUCGUGAUGGGCGCGGUGGCGGCGGCCGUGGUGCUGGCCACGCUGCGCUACAUGCCGGGACCGGCCAUCCCGGCGACCACCGCCGCCAGCGCUACCACCACCACCAGCGGCGCUGUGGUGCGCUCGGCUCCAGCAGCCGCUGCCGCGGCCGUGGAGGAGGAGGGGGAGGAGCAGGCGCAGGAGGAGGGGAGGAAGAAGAAGAGGAGGAAAGGGGACGGGGUGGUGCUGUUCAACUUCGGCGACUCCAACAGCGACACGGGCGGCGUGGCGGCGGUGAUGGGGAUCCGCAUCGCGCCGCCGGAAGGGAGGGCCUACUUCCACCACCCCACGGGACGGCUCUCCGACGGCCGCGUCAUCCUCGACUUCAUCUGUGAGAGCCUGGGCACGCCGCACCUGAGCCCGUUCAUGAAGCCGCUGGGCUCCAACUACUCCCACGGCGUCAACUUCGCCAUGGCGGGCUCCACGGCCACACCGGGGGCUACCACCUUCUCGCUGGACGUGCAGGUGGACCAGUUCGUCUUCUUCAAGGAGAGGUGCCUCGACCUCAUCGAGAGAGGUGAGGCUGCCCCAAUUGACGAGAAGGCGUUCCCAGAUGCUAUAUACACCAUGGACAUCGGGCACAACGAUAUAAAUGGUGUUCUCCACCUGCCCUAUCACACGAUGCUCGAAAAGCUUCCCCCUGUAAUCGCUGAAAUCAAGAAAGCCAUCGAGAGGUUGCACAAGAACGGGGCCAGGAAGUUCUGGAUACAUGGGACGGGAGCGUUGGGGUGCAUGCCUCAGAAGCUCUCUAUGCCAAGGGAUGACGACCGCGACCUCGAUGAGCAUGGGUGCAUCGCGACCAUCAACAAUGUCUGCAAGAAGUUCAAUUCUUUGCUGAGUGAAGCCCUGGACGAGCUGCGUUUGACGCUGAAAAGUUCGACGAUCGUCUUCGUGGAUAUGUUUGCGAUCAAGUAUGAUCUUGUUGCCAACCACACGAAAUACGGGAUUAAGAAGCCAUUGAUGACAUGCUGCGGUCAUGGAGGGCCCCCUUACAACUAUGACCCCAAGGAGAGCUGCAUGACUUCGGACAAAUACCUCUGUAAGCUUGGCGAAAAGUUCAUAAGCUGGGACGGGGUUCACUUCACCGAUGCUGCAAACGGAAUUGUGGCUUCCAAAGUACUCAGUGGCGAGUACAACAUUCCUAGGGUCAAGCUGGCCAGCCUCAUCCCUAAAGCAAAAUCCGAUGAUUAA